AUGGUUAAAAAACACAACGGUAAAUGGCGCAUGUGUGUUGAUUUCACCGAUCUCAACAAAGCAUGCCCCAAAAAUUCAUACCAUUUACCCUCUAUUGAUUGUUUAGUUGAUAAUGCCUCUGGUUUUGAAAAACUCAGCUUCAUGGAUGCCUAUUCUGGUUAUAACCAGAUCCAAAUGCACCCAUCCAACCAAAAUAAGACAGCCUUUAUUACUGAAUAUGGAAACUACUGUUAUAAAGUCAUGCCAUUUGGCCUUAAGAAUACAGGUGCGACAUAUCAGCGUCUGAUGGACAAAGUCUUCACCAAACAACUCGGCAGGAACAUCGAAGUCUACAUAGACGAUAUGGUCGCUAAAACAAAGAUUGGCAAUAACCACCUUGACGACCUCACAAAAAUCUUCGGACAGCUAAGAAAAUACAACAUGCGGCUAAAUCCCGAAAAGUGCGCAUUUGGGGUUCAAAGUGGUAAAUUCCUCGGCUUCAUACUCACUAGCCGAGGUAUUGAGGCUAAUCCUGAGAAAUGCCGAGCUAUUUUAGAGAUGACAAGCCCACAAACCAUCAAGGAAGUCCAGCGGUUAACAGGGAGACUUGCUGCACUUUCUCGAUUCUUACCUUGCCUAACUUCUAAAUCUUCCUGUUUUUUCCAAACUUUAAAAACAAAAAAAGCUUUCCAAUGGACUGAUGAAUGUGAACAAGCAUUUACAACUUUAAAAGAAACUCUUUCAAAACCACCAAUUUUACACACACCCCUACAAGGGGAGCCACUAUUCUUAUAUUUGUCUGUCACUAAUUGGGCUAUAAGCUCUGCUCUUGUUGCAGAAAGGGAGAAGAAACAGUUCCCAAUUUAUUUCACCAGCAAAACCUUACAGAACGCCGAGCUUCGUUACCCGAGCAUUGAGAAGCUGGCACUCGCGCUUGUCUUCUCAGCCAGAAGACUCCGACCAUACUUUCAGAGCCAUGAAAUCCAUGUUAGAACAGAUCAACCUUUGCGACAGGUGCUGCAGAAGCCUGAACUGGCUGGCCGACUAUUCAAAUGGUCGGUGGAACUAUCGGAAUUCGAUAUCAAGUACGAAGGCCGAGCAUCCAUCAAAUCACAGUUCUUGGCCGACUUUAUCGUCGAGUUCUCAAUACCAAAUAUAACUGAAAAUUACAUCGAAUGGUCUUUAUACGUCGACGGGUCCUCCAACCCACACGGGUGUGGCGCAGGUAUUAUACUUGAUGAUGGCCACGGCAACGUCAUCGAACAUUCCCUCAACUUCUCAUUUAAAGCGAGCAACAAUCAAAGUGAGUAUGAAGCAUUAAUUGCCGGCCUUAGACUCGCUGCCGACCUUAACAUCACCGAACUUAAGCACAUACCAAGGGAGAGCAAUGGCCGAGCUGACAUUCUGUCUAAGCUCGCUUGUACUCAACCAAAUAGGUCAUCGCUUUAUCAGUCAACACUACUCAAUCCAAGCAUUGAGCUAACACAUGUCUUAAGUAUAACACAGGAAGCAGAUUGGAGAUCCCCAUACAUACAGUAUCUCCAGACAGGGGUCUUGCCAGGCGACGUCGAAAAUACUCAUCAUUUCCGCCGACAAGCCUCCUUUUUUACAAUAUAUAAUAAUUUCCUAUAUCGACGGGGAUUCUCCCGUCCAUUACUAAAAUGUCUUUGCAGAAUAGAGGCCGAGCUUGCACUUACUGAGGCACAUGAAGGGAUCUGUGAUGAUGCAAAAGGCCUCUGGGCCAAGCUUAUCCCAGAGAUCAUAUGGGGAUACAAUACAACAAUUCACUCAACAACAAAGGAAACACCUUUCCGCUUGGUCUAUGGCUCAGACGCCAUGAUACCUGUGGAGAUCUCCCAAUCCUCACUACGCACAGAACUGGCCGAUCUAACUACACAAGACAUAGCUCGGCAAACCGAACUUGAUCUCAUUGAAGAACUCCGAUCAUCCGCAGCAAUCAAACAUUUAGCAAUGCAACAGCACAUUGCCCGUAGAUAUAACCAAAGACUUCAACCAAGAUCUUUCCAAAUCCACGACCUUGUACUCAGAAAAACAGAACAAGCUAGGAAACCACCAGCACAUGGCAAACUAGCAGCUAAUUGGGAAGGCCCUUACAGAGUCACAAAAGUAAUCGGCAAUGGAGCCUAUCGCCUACAAACAUUAGAGGGUAAAGAUCUCCCUAACACUUGGAAUGUAUCUUCCUUAAAGUUAUAUUAUAGCUAA